GACGUCUCUCCAUUUCUCUUGCUCCCAGUGCUCCUAUAAGCGAGCGCGGCUCUCUCGUUCUUUCCUCUCCAUGGCGCCAUUUUUGGGCUCUGUACUUCUUCCUGAGAACAUUAUCCUCCUCACUUCUUCACACAUUCUCUCUCCUUCUCUACGCUCUUUCACUUCUCUUCCCCCUCCUCUCCAAUUGUUCACAGGAAGCAUCACACCAACCGCUUCCCACCCUCUUCGCUGCCGCCGCCCCCGCUUAUCAUCCCUCCUCGCCAGGAGUGCCAAUUUGACUGCCAAUUUUGUGCCAAAGAAUGGUGUCUAUACAGUUGGAGAGUUCAUGACUAGGAAAGAGGAUAUGCAUGUUGUUAAACCAACUACUACAGUUGACGAGGCAUUAGAAGCUCUUGUGGAAAACAGAAUUACUGGUUUUCCUGUGAUUGAUGAUGACUGGAAAUUGGUUGGUGUAGUCUCUGAUUAUGACUUGCUAGCAUUGGAUUCAAUAUCAGGUAGCAGCCGAAAUGAUACGAGCUUGUUUCCUGAAGUUAACAGCACAUGGAAAACGUUCAAUGAGAUACAGAAAUUGCUCAGUAAAACCAAUGGAAAAGUUAUAGCUGAGGUGAUGACGCCUGCACCACUAGUUGUACGAGAAACUUCCAACCUUGAAGAUGCCGCAAGAUUAUUGCUUGAAACAAAGUAUCGUCGACUUCCCGUGGUAGAUAGCGAGGGUAGGCUGGUUGGGAUUAUUACUAGGGGCAAUGUUGUUAGAGCUGCCCUUCAUAUAAAACGUGCAAACAAAGAUGCGGAUGGAAGUUGAUGUAGGAAAGAAGGCUGUGGGGGCAGCAUUGUUGCCUGAUGGUGUCCUUAUUCAUGCCCCCUUUCGUGUGUGUUUUUGUGUGUGAGAGAGAGAGGGAGAGAUUUUCUCAAAACGAAUUCUCCAUGCAGAUCACCGUUGAUACUGUUGGGGAUAACAUGUGUGAUUGUCUCAUCCUGGGUGCAUGAAUCAAUGGAUCUCAUAAGUUCAGCCGAUUAACUUGGUAAGAGUCAGUUUGGCGGAGAAGGAGAGCCCAUGAUUUCUGGUCUCCAAGCCCAUCUCUCCAGCGUCUCCACUUUCUGGCCUACCUGCCCAUACGAAACAUGCCGGAGAGUAUAAUUCUUAUUUAGAUGGACAAGAUACAUUACUAUCUAUUGGAUUUGUGCAACUUUUCAUUCUGUUAACCUGAGUUUGUGUUAUGGAAGAUUCUUAAUUUUUUCAUU